AUGACAGUUGUGGAGUCUGUCAAAAGCAUCGCGGGCCUAUCUGACGGCGCCACGCAGAAGGAGAUGUCCGAUGCCCGUCUUCCUCUGGCGUACCGCGACUCGUGCGCUCACCUUCUAAUUCCGCUGAACCGGUGUCGCCGAGAAGAGUACUAUCUUCCAUGGAAGUGCGAGACCGAACGCCAUACGUACGAGAAGUGUCAAUAUGAUGAAUUUAAGAAGCGAGUGGCUAAGAUGGAAGAAUUGCGAGCAGCAAAGGGAGGAGAACGGAGCAACUAA